AUGAAGGCCCUGUGGCUGUCAGCCCUGCUCUGCCUGUACCUGGCCUCGCUCUGUGUGGCCGAGGAGGGCCUGCAGUUCCCCACCUUCGACGGGAAGGACCGGGUCAUCGACAUCAACGACAAGAACUACAGGAAGGCCCUGAAGAAGUACGACAUGCUCUGUCUGCUCUACCACGAGCCGCUGGGCGACAACAAGGAGCUGCAGAAGCAGUACCAGAUGACCGAGCUGGUGCUGGAGUUGGCUGCCCAGGUGCUGGAGGAUAAGGACAUAGGGUUUGGGAUGGUCGACUCACACAAAGAUGCCAAAGUUGCCAAGAAAUUAGGUCUGCAUGAGGAAGGCAGCGUGUACAUCUUUAAAAAUGACCGGGUGAUUGAGUUUGAUGGACAGCUCUCUGCAGACAUUCUAGUAGAGUUCCUGUUGGAUCUGCUGGAGGACCCGGUGGAGCUCAUCAGUAACGCCUUGGAGCUGCGUGCCUUUGACCGCAUGGAGGAGGACAUCAGGCUCAUCGGGUACUUUAAGAACGAAGACUCUGAGCACUUUAGUGAGUUUCAGGAAGCUGCUGAACACUUCCAGCCUUUCAUCAAGUUCUUUGCCACCUUCAAUAAAGCAGUGGCCAAGCAGCUGACGCUGAAGAUGAACGAGGUCGACUUCUACGAGCCCUUCAUGGAGGAGCCUGUGACUCUCCCCGGCAAGCCCCACACAGAGGAGGAGAUUGUCGAAUUUGUUAAUAAGCAUAAACGGCCCACACUGAGGAAACUGCGUGCUGAAGACAUGUUUGAGACCUGGGAAGAUGACUUGGAUGAAAUUCACAUUGUUGCUUUUGCUGAGGAAGAAGACCCUGACGGUUUUGAGUUCCUAGAGAUCCUGAAGGAAGUGGCGCGAGACAACACCAACAACCCGGAGUUAAGCAUUGUGUGGAUUGACCCGGAUGACUUUCCUCUGCUCAUCACAUACUGGGAGAAGACCUUCAAGGUGGACCUGUUCAAGCCUCAAAUCGGCGUGGUGAACGUGACUGAUGCGGACAGCGUGUGGUUGGACAUGCCUGACGAUGAAGACCUGCCCACUGCUGAGGAGCUGGAGGACUGGAUUGAGGACGUGUUGUCUGGGAAGGUCAACACUGAGGAUGAUGACGAUGAUGACGAUGACGAUGAUGAUGAUGAUGACGACGACGAUGAUGAUGACGAUGAUGAUGAUGAUGAUGAUGAUGACGACGAUGAUGAUGACGAUGAUGAUGAUGACGAUGAUGACGAUGACGACGAUGACGAUGACGAUGAUGAUUAAUUUAUGAACUAUGAGUUCUGGGAGCCAAUCUUAAUGACCUCAUCAGAGUAAAUCACCUCAUGCUGGAUUCUGUUCAGGGAAGAUGCAAAACCCAGAGGAGAAAUCUAUCCCAAAUGCUUCUGUAGAGUUUCCUACAUUUUGUACGUAAAUAUAUUGUCUGCAUUCUAUUUUUUCCAAAUGACAAGAUAACAUAAUGGACCUUUUAAACUGUGAAUUCCUUCAGGAGUUGACAGUAUAAUAGUGAUGUGACCUAUUUCACUGCCGUCACAUGAGAGAUUUCCAGCAGGUGAAUUUGAUGCUGUACACAUUGAGCUGGUUUGGGAGUCUUACUGUGAGUGCCUGUAGGGCCCAGUAAGAACACAUUGCCAAGCUGUCCCCUCAAAGCAUAAGGCCAUUUCUUAGGUAAUUUGGAUCUCAUUAAUAUGACCCUUUUCUACUAUAAUUCAGAUCUCAUUUACCAGACAUUUACCAUCUCAUUCAUAAUUAGACCUAAUUCCACUGUAAUUUAGUCCUCAUUAAUGAUGUGCUCUUUUACGGUUAUAUGGCUUUCAUUAACU